AUGGCUACCCCUAGUGUCCUAGCUUUUGACGCUGAGGGUCGCGCCAUUGACUUUGAGGUCUGGGUCGACGACCUGCAGCUGUUCUUACAGUGCGAUAGGGCAGACGGUCUUUCUCUCUUUGACCUCACCUCUGGCGCCGUCCCUGCCCCUGCUGCUGAUGCUGACGCCACUGUUCGCUCACAAUGGGCCACGCGCGAUGCUGCUGCACGUCUUGCUGUGCGUCGCCACCUGCCUACCGCUGAGCGCGCGCACUUUAGCCAGUACAAGAGUGCCCAGACCUUGUACGACGCUGUAGUUGCGCGCUACUCCUCCCCUGCCACUGCUGCACUGAGCCGCCUCAUGCUACCCUUCCUCUUCCCUGACCUUGACGCCUUUCCCACUAUCGCUGAUCUCAUUACGCACCUCCGCACUAGUGACACUCGCUACCGCGCUGCGCUUCCUGCUGACUUCUGCGCCAAGAACCCCCCCCCCAUGUACAUCACUCUCUACUUUUUAGUCACUCGCCUCCCUGACUCCCUUCGUGUAGUCCGGGACCACUUCCUCGCUGUCUGUCCCACCACCCUCACAGUCGAUAGCCUCGAGAAGGCCCUCCUAGCGGCGGAGAAGAGCAUAGUCGCUGUAGGAGCCUCUCGAGGUGACCCCCGCGCCCCCAUCUUUGAGGGGUGUUCUCCUUCCCCUCUCUUGCCCUCUGUCGCCUCUGCCGCUGCGGCCGACCUUGUUGGUCUUGAGUCGGUCGGUGCGGCGUCUGCCCCUAGCGGGAGACGCCGCUCUGGCAAGGGCAAGGGGGGCAAGGGAGCGGGUGGGGCCAGCGGGGGCGGUGGAGGUGGAGGUGGAGGCGGCGGAGGGAGUGGGGGUGGCGGUGGAGGUGGUGGCGGGGGUGGGGGUGCUAGUGGCGACAGUGGAGGCGGGAGUGGCGGCGUCGGUGGCGGUGGGAGCGGAGGUGGCGGAGGCGGCGGCAGUGGAGGCGGAGGCGGGGGCGGUGGAGGCGAAGGCGGGGGUGGCGGUGGUGGAGGUGGUCGGAGUGGCGCUUCGCAGCGGAGCAGCACUGGGGGUGGUCAGCGCCAGCAGCAGCAGCAGCGUUCUCGCGACGUCCCCACCCCUCAGCAGCUCCGUGAGUGGUACACGCAGCGUCAGCGUGGUGGGGGUUUUGGUCCCUGCACCUACGUUCUUCGCACUGGCGACCGCGCUGGAGAGCAGUGUGGGGGUACCCACACCGCCCAGCGCUGCUUUGGCCGCCUGACGGACGCUUGGCGUCAGCAGUUCCCGGAGGCCGCGGAGAUCCCCCGCUGGGGAGAGCUGUCUAGGUCUUGUGUAGCUAUCUUUGAUCUUGACUUUGAUGCUAUCCUUGCUGCCAUGUAUGCUGUGACCAUUAGUGAUGAGGGUGACUGUUACCGGUGUUUCCCGCCCGACCCGGGCAUUGGUACUGCUGCUCUAGGUGCCAGCGAGGCUUCUGCUCUAGGUGCCAGUGCGUCUGUGCUCUCAGGUACUGGUGAGGCUGCUCUCUCAGGCACUAGUGAGUCUGCGCUCUCAGGUACUGCGUCGGCUUCGGCCUCCCACACCUUCACCCUUGACUCUGGAGCGUCUCGCUCCUUCUUUCGGGACCGCACCACACUCACGUCGCUUAGUCGGCCGGUUGCGGUGUCCCUGGCUGACCCCUCUGGGGGUCCUGUUCUGUCUCGCUUCUCCACAGUCCUCCCGUGUCCGGCGGCUCCCUCUGGCACCCUGUCUGGUCUCUACCUCCCCUCGUUCUCUACGAACUUGGUGAGUGGUGCUGACCUACAAGAUGCGGGAGUCAACCAGUUCACUCCUGCUCGUCAGCGAGUGACGCACUGCACAGAGGCUAGCACAGGUCGUCACCUGGCUACGUCAGGUGUUCGCUGCAGCGUCCAGGUCUGGUCCUGA